UGUAAAGAAACAAGUUCAAGAAGAGACUGACAUGGAUUUCUUUGUUGAAGAACUAGAGCAACUGGAAAAUGACUUGGAUGUGGGAAGAACAAACAGGACAACAAAUCCCAAAAAGGAAGACAAACUGAAAGUCAUGAAAAAAAGUUCAAACGUACAACAUGCUACAGAUAAUGACAAACAAAGAAAAGUAAUAAAAGGAAGUCCAAAUGAACAAAAUACCAAUAGACAUGUUAAAAUUGUAACGAAACAAGUUCAAGAAGAGACUGACAUGGAUUUUUUUCUUGCAGAGUUAGAGCAACUGGAAAAUGACUUGGAUGUGGGAAUAAAGAACAGGACAACAAAUCCCAAAAAGGAAGACAAACUGAAAGUCAUGAAAAAAAGUUCAAACGUACAACAUGCUACAGAUAAUGACAAACAAAGAAAAGUAAUAAAAGGAAGUCCAAAUGAACAAAAUACCAAUAGACAUGUUAAAAUUGUAACGAAACAAGUUCAAGAAGAGACUGACAUGGAUUUUUUUCUUGCAGAGUUAGAGCAACUGGAAAAUGACUUGGAUGUGGGAAUAAAGAACAGGACAACAAAUCCCAAAAAGGAAGACAAACUGAAAGUCAUGAAAAAAAGUUCAAACGUACAACAUGCUACAGAUAAUGACAAACAAAGAAAAGUAAUAAAAGGAAGUCCAAAUGAACAAAAUGCCAAAGGACAUGUUAAAAUUGUAAGGAAACAUGUUCAAGAAGAGACUGACAUGGAUUUUUUUCUUGCAGAGUUAGAGCAACUGGAAAAUGACUUGGAUGUGGGAGUAAUGCACAGAACAUCAAGUCCAAAACAUCAAAUCCAAAUCCAAAACGAAGACAAACUAAAAUUUGUGGAUGAAAGUCAUAAGGAACAACAUGCUACAGAGGAUGAUAAACAGAGCAAAGUUGUCAAAGGAAAUGCAAAGCAACAACAUGAUAUGAAGUUAGAGAAACAAGCAAAAGACGAAACCGAAGGGAAUUUGUCAAGUGCCUGGGGAUCAAAUUCCAAAAAGGUAGACACACUUAAAGAUGCAAAAGAAAGUUCCAAGGACAAACAUGCUAGAGAGGAUGACAAAAAAAGAAAAGAAAAUGAACUCAUUCAAGAUGAAAAAACUGCCAAAGAACAUGUGAAAAAUAUAGGCAAACAAGUUGAAGAGACUACCAUGGAUUUGGUAAUUGAAGACCUUGAACUGCUGGAAAGUGGGAAUGAUGGGGGAUUGAAGCUCAAGAGAUCAAAUACUAAAAUGGAAGACAAACUUAAAGUGACAAAAGAAAGUCCAAAUGAAGAACAGGCUAAAAGAUUCGAGACACAAGUAAAAAAAGAAACCAAAGUGAAUUUGUCUAUUGAAAAGCUAGCACUAAUGGAAAAAGGCACCGAUGGAGGAAUGAAGAACAUGAGAUCAAAUCCCAAAAAGGAAAACAAACAAAGAAAAGCACUGAAAGAAAGACAAAUAGAACAAAAUGCCAAAGGAAGUAACAACGGAAAGACAAAGGACACACAAGUCAUAGAAGAGACCGACGCAACCUACAAGAAAGAAAUCCAAACAGAGAUGCCGAAGUCAAUUCUUGACAAGAUACGCAAUAAAAUCGACCAACACAGAAUCCAAAAGAAGGAAAAACAGAAACAAAAAAAUCUUAAAUUCCUUCAAGAAGCAUUGACCACUCAUGAAGUAUUAGAUGUGGCAUUAAACAUACAUGCCAAAAAGAAGCCUAGAAAAUGGGUCAAAUGCCAGGAUUUUUCAAUAUUUCAGUGUAAAUGAACUGCACCGUAGAUUCCCUGGAUGCUGCAAUCAACUGAAACGUGCCAUGUGGUUCUGGAACAUG